CCCACGAUCUGACGCCCAAGGCGAUAUCGCAGCCCGAGCAGAGGUUGCAAGUUGCGGCGCAGGACGAACGCGCGCAAAGGCCGCCGCCUCGACGCUCGCGCGACGUUAUGCAACGGCCGAUACCGCGAGAGGUUCUGGUUUUUCCAGCGAUCGUGCUCCUUCCGAGAGCGGCGCGAGCGCCAGCGCUCUUCUUUUUCAUCAACGCGGAGAAACCCCUCCAACAGUCAACACUUCCGCGGCUGCUAUAUAAGAGCUCCUCGCUCUCCGCUCGCUCGGUCACUCGCCUCCUCGCUCGCGUGCAUAUCACUCUCGGCUCUUCCUCUCAUAUGCGCGCUUCGAACAUGAGCAAAAUCUGCAGCUUGGUCCUCUGUUGCGUCGCUUUGAUUCUGGCUGUCGAUGCCGUCGAGUACACCAACAAGUACGACAACGUCGACGUCGAUAGAAUCUUGCAGAACGGACGGGUGCUCAGUAAUUAUAUCAAGUGCAUGCUCGACGAGGGCAAUUGCACCCCCGACGGACGUGAAUUCAAGAGAAUACUCCCGGAUGCACUUGCCAGUGGCUGCAAUAAGUGCAACGAAAAACAGAAGGCUACUGCGGACAAAGUUAUCAAUCAUCUGAUGAAAAGACGCCCAGCCGACUGGGAAAGGUUGCUCAAAAAGUACGACCCUAAGGGUGAAUUCAAAAAGCGCUUCGAAGCACAAGGAAGGAAAAUUUAAAUUUUCGACAAACCAUUCAGACUUGUAAAAUAAAAAUGUGUAUUAUUACACUAUUGAAAAUAUGUCUUUUAUACAAACACAAACAAUUGUUUUGUAAUCGGAAUGAAUUGAAUUAUUUCGAAAUUUUACACUUUUUACGUUAAGUUAUAACAUUACGGCCAAUCUUAUUUAAGUUUCAAAACAUCCAAACGGUUCAUGAUUCCUAAUUCAGCAUAUCGUCAAUUAAAUCAGCAACUCGUUCAACUCAUUCGACACGUCGUUUCUUAACUAGGGAUCCAAGCUGAAAUAAAAUUUUAAAAAUUAUAAAAUUUCAUGCUUGCUAUGAAAAUAUAAAGACUGUUCAUUUAAUAUUAUUCCAGAUGAAUAAGUAAUUAGUUGAAUAAGUGAAUAUUAUGAAAUCGUUACUUGA